AGACAAAAAAUCAGAUUGGCUUAAAUCGUACGUGACAUUUGAUAUUGAGGGUGCUUUGUCAAACGUAGAGAUCCUGUCAAACGAUGCCAUAUUUUCAAUACUUCAUUACCAUACUCUUCGUGGAUUGGAGUCUCGCGAUUACUUGUCCAACUUAUGAAAAUAUUACCAAGCUGAACCUAGCCAAUAGCGACUUGUUGAUGAUAAAGAGGGAAACUUUUAACAAGUAUCAGAAACUUGAAGAGUUGAAUAUAAUAAACUCUCGACUGAAUGCGAUCGCCGAUGGAGCUUUUUACGAUUUGCCACAACUCACCAAAGUUAACAUGUCGAAAAAUCUCAUCUCCGGACUGAGCGAAAAAAUAUUCAGGCCUGGGAGCAAAUUAUGGAAAUUCGUUGUCUCUUAUAACAUGUUAAGUGAUAUUGACGAUUUUGAUAUCGGUUAUUUGCCGGAACUUGCAAUUUUGGACAUUUCAAACAAUCACAUGAGGUAUUUGCCAGCGAGUGUGGUAAAUAAGCUGAAAAAUGAUAACAAUUUUACGCUGAUAGCCGCAAACAAUCCCUGGGAUUGCACUAAUGAAAAAUGGCGCGAUUUGCUUGAUAAGCAUCUUGCAGAAAAAUUCUGCGGGCCUGAAGUUUCACCUCACAGUUUAGUUAUGACACUUCCGCCACAAGCCGGUUUUACCACGUGCAUUUUUUGGAUCGUUGGUGCCUUCUGGUGUGGAAUUAUUUUGGGCAACUUGUGUAUAAUAAGAAAACUCGUAUGUAAACCGAAAGGUUUGAGCAAGCAAGAUCAGUGCACCCAAUAUGAUUCAUGGGCUUUUUCGUUUUCGGAAAAUCGUCUCAAGACUGGGCCUUUUUCGGAUAUUCGCAUGCAAACUUUAAGCUCAGCGCCUGCUAAGUCAAGUACAGCAAUCGUUCAUGGCACCGAUCCUAAAACGAGCACUUUGUAUGUUUGA